GCUGCGACAAAGAGACGAGCAGCUGGAGUAUGAAGAGAAUGCAGCAGCCAAGCAGCGAAUGGUGCUCAACAGCGCCCGGGCAGGUGCCCGGCACUACCGUGCCGUGUGCUGCCUUCGAGCCUGGCGGAGCCACGUGCAGCAGCUUUGUGCUGAAAGAGCACUUCUCCGGGCGAAGAACAGGCUUACCAUCGGGCGCUCGCGGCACGCUGGCACACUGCUGCGUGCCGUCUUAAAACACUCUGUGGAGCGUCAGCUCGGCUUUGGCCUCAACGCGCUGUGGCUAAACUCCGCCUCUCACGCUUUGCCUCCCACGCCGCAACCGGUGUCGCCAUCUUCCAGCCAGAG